AUGAGAUUAAGAUUAGAUUUGAAACCCGAAUCUAUAGAAUCUUUAGAAUCUUUAGAAUCUUUAGAAUCUUUAGAAUCUUUAGAAUCUUUAGAAUCUUUAGAAUCUUUAGAAUCUUUAGAAUCUUUAGAAUCUUUAGAAUCUUUAGAAUCUUUAGAUUCUUUAGAUUCUUUAGAUUCUUUAGAUUCUUUAGAUUCUUUAGAUUCUUUAGAUUCUUUAGAUUCUUUAGAUUCUUUAGAUUCUUUAGAUUCUUUAGAUUCUUUAGAUUCUUUAGAUUCUUUAGAUUCUUUAGAUUCUUUAGAUUCUUUAGAUUCUUUAGAAUCUUUAGAAUCUUUAGAAUCUGUAGAAUCUUUAGAAUCUUUAGAAUCUGUAGAAUCUUUAGAAUCUUUAGAAUCUUUAGAAUCUUUAGAAUCUUUAGAAUCUUUAGAAUCUUUAGAAUCUUUAGAAUCUUUAGAAUCUUUAGAAUCUUUAGAAUCUUUAGAAUCUUUAGAAUCUUUAUAA